AUGGUUUCUAGCCCCAUCAAAUGCAAGCUUCCUUACCAAAUUCUAAGACAUGAAGAUGAUGAAAGAGAAAGGGUGAAUAGUAUCCUAAGGCCAAGGAAAUGGUGUAGGCUUAGAGGGGUGCCCUUGAGGAGAAGGUUGAGAGUGAAAGUGCCAAGUUGGAGAAGGGUGUGGAUGGUGAAAAAAGUGAGGGUUAUAUUUGCUAAGGUGAAGAAAAGGUUCAUGGAGGGACAAGGUCAUUUUGGUGACCUCUUUGCUGGCAACUAUGUCUUCACUCAAAUCAAUCCAACAUCACUCAAGUAUCUUGAAAAGAAGUUGGCACAAUCAAAAGUUGCUUGA